AUGGAUCGACUCAAGUUUCCUACGGAUGAAAAAGUACUCGAAACCAUACUGAUCAGUUCUCAUAGUAUUUUUGGACUCAUAUCCGUUGCUGUAAAUGCAUAUGCGUUGUAUAAAGCCUUGUUAGCUUCAAUUCACAUCCUUGGUGCAUACAAGUUGAUACUGAUCAAUCAAGCAAUCGUCAACCUUGUGUUAGCAGCGUGUGUAUUGUUUUUGCAACUUCGGUAAGGUUCUUCAUGUAAACCAAUAUUAGAAGCUUUAAUUCAGUCACAUUACGCUUUGAGGUAUCUUCCUUCACAGAGGAAAAGUAAAACUUUUUGUUAUGCAUGGCAUUGUAAAUCUUGGUUGUAAAACUUCUUUCAGGAUAUUCAUCACGCCUUUUGGAAGUGUGUACGCUGUGCUUGGCCUAGCUAGUUUUACUAACCACUUAAUUGCAUUUCUAGCCUAUUUAAUGUUUUCGUCGUUGUUUUUGGACUACUAUUUUUUGCUUGUAAUUGCCAUGUUCUACAACUGUCACUGGAUUCACAAAGGUCGCUAUACUACCAAGCAUAUAGUGUCUUUCUUGUUGUUGGCUGGUAUCUUAAGUUCUGUUGAUUUUGUAAGUUGAAAGUGGAAUAGAUGUAUUAUUAUUUAUUAUUGUAUUAGCGGUUUACAGAUGCAUUAAGCCUGGAAAAAAUAAGUUUUUAAAAAACCUAAAAAAGAAAAAUUUCUAUUCUAAAAUUUUAAUUGUUUUUUCAGAUUUUGUCAGCAUUUUUAUUCUAUGAAAACGAAUCGGAGUCUCGAGAGUUGUUUUGGGAGAAAAGCCAUGAAACCGUUCUCAAUCGGCAUAUGGUAUUCGCUGUACGAGUACAUGAAGACAUAUUUGAUAUUGUUGUAAAUUAUACAGAUGCUGUUGCUAUGGUCGUAUGCAUUGCUUUCCUGAUUUUCCUACGUUAUCGUAUACGGGUUUACGUUAGGAGAACAGACCAACGAUUAACUUAUAUUCAGAAGCACCUGGUAAACGUAAGUUUGUAUGACAGUAUAAAAUACACUUUUUUGAAACAUACUAUCAUAGUCAUGUUAUAACUUAAGAUAUUUAUUUUCUAGUAAAAAAUCAAAUAAAUAAUUUAAAAGUUAAAAAAUAUCGUUUUUAGCUAAUUGUCAUCCAAGCAGUAAUCAUAAUUGUGUUUAUUUUAUUGCCAAGUGUUUUUUACUUUUUAUUCUACGAACAACUCCGUAAAGCCAGUUGUGAUUGCCUUAUGUCCAUUACUACGGCCAUAUCUCUGUUCAUCCUCCCGUUGUUUACAAUACUUAUGUUGAAGACUGUGCGACAUGUCCAAAGACUUCAUGAUGAAGACAGCAACAGUGUGAGUGUUGUUCCAUCAACAAAUGAACCAGAAAGGCCUUCCACAUCUGCUUGA